GCCGGGACGAGGUCGCUGCUGGUAGUGUCGUGCCGCUGCCGCCCGCUCCGGCACAGCGACGCGCCUCUGGGACCGCCCAGCGCUCCGCGGGGUGCGUCCUCCACACAGCGGGGCUGGUGCCGGCCAUCGCCCGCCCGCCCCGCCGUCGAGGCUGAAGGGGGGAAAAUGAACCCCUCGCCCGCGGCCCCACCGCCGGGGCAGCAGGUGAUCCACAUCACGCAGGACCUGGACACGGAGCUCGAGGCACUCUUCAACGCGGUCAUGAACCCCCGGCCUAGCUCCUGGCGGAAGAAAAUCCUGCCCGAGUCCUUCUUCAAGGAGCCCGACUCGGGCUCGCACUCGCGGCAGUCCAGCACGGACUCGGGCGGCCCCCCGCCGCGGCCCGUCGCCGCGCAGCACGUCCGCUCGCACUCCUCUCCUGCCUCGCUCGUGGGCUCGGCCGCCGCGCCUCAGCACGGGCACCUCCGGCAGCGCUCCUACGACGUGACGGACGAACUGCCGCUGCCGCCCGGCUGGGAGAUGGCGCUCACGCACACGGGACAGCGUUACUUCCUCAAUCACAUAGAGAAAAUUACAACAUGGCAAGAUCCUCGAAAAACUAUGAACCAACCACUGAAUCACAUGAGCCACCAUCCCGCAGCUACUUCCACGCCAGUACCACAGAGGUCUAUGGCAAUGUCUCAGCCAAAUCUCGUUAUGAAUCACCAGCACCAAAUAACAGGCAACACAUCCAUCUCACAGCAAAGCUGUCCUUCUCAGACUCCACAGCCAGGCUUGCUGAACAUGCCCAGUGCACUGACUGCACAGCAGCAGCAGCAGCAGAAGUUAAGACUCCAGCGUAUCCAAAUGGAGAGGGAACGAAUAAGGAUGCGCCAGGAGGAGUUACUGCGACAGGUAACAUUGAGGAUACGCUUCUAUUUUGCUCAAGAACAUUUCUUUUACCAGGAGGCUGCAUUGUGCAGGCAGCUUCCCAUGGAUUCUGAAAACAUGACCGCAGUUCAGACAGCCGUGAGCACAGCUGCCAUGACCCAAGAUAUGAGAUCUAUUACAAACAAUGGAUCCGAUCCUUUCUUGAACAGUGGGCCAUACCAUUCCAGGGAACAGAGUACAGACAGUGGCUUGGGAUUAGGAUGCUACAGUAUACCAACGACACCUGAAGAUUUCCUCAGCAACGUAGAUGAGAUGGAUACAGGAGAAACUGUAGCACAAACAACAGUGAACAUAAAUGCACAACAAACGCGUUUCCCUGAUUUCCUCGACUGUCUUCCAGGAACAAACGUUGAUCUUGGGACUUUGGAGUCAGAAGACUUGAUCCCUAUUCUCAAUGAUGUGGAGUCAGUACUCAGCAAAAAUGAGCCCUUCCUUACAUGGCUGUAAUCACCCAUCAUCUAAUGCUGAUUGAGCGUGAAAUGCAAUUCAGCAUUUAUUUUCCCUCUUUAGAUAGAGGUAGAAUAUCUGAAAAUCCUGAGAGAUCACUGCCUUAAUGACUUUUGUUACGUCAUCUUUAUGGUUGGUUUAAUCUCUGCCUGGAUUUGACUGACACUAACUUAAAUAUAAAAUACAUAUAGAGAUAUACAUAUAUAAAUAUAUAUUUCUUCCUCCUUUAGGAAAUAUACACUACGUGUUUUCCUUUUCAAAUCAGGCAGAAAUGUUUCACUUUAAGGACAGAAACUGAAUGAUGUUUGUGCACGCCUGUGACUGAUCUUCUAGGUAUUGAUUAACAUCACAAACCCGUAAUGAAUCACAAAGGCUAACUACUGGGUCACUUGGUUCACAGAACCUGCACAGCAUCAGACCAUGCAAGCAGUUUUAUUACUGCAUCUAUGACAAUAGUAUCAGAGGCUUUUUUAUCAACUUACUUAAGCUUUAAAAAUCUUUUUUUAAUUAUUAUUAGGAAAACUGUACUGUAUGGAAUAUAGAUUAAAUCUGAUCCAUAUCAGCCACGAUAAUUUUCAUCUAUUUGUAAAGGCACAAGAAGUACUAUUGACAUUUCUUUUUUCUUUUUUUUCCAGUCUAUUACUGUAUAGUUUCCAGAUAAUAACUAUGCUUCAUUUUUGAAAGUACCAGUAUUGUUUAGCAACAAUUUCACACUGCUACAGUGUUGUAAAACAAUCCAACUGGUACUAACAGCUGCCUUUUUAAAAUAAAACAACGUAUUACAAACCAGCAAUUUUUUAGUAGAUUUUAGAUUUUGACGUUUAUUAUAUUAGGCAUUACAGUUUUGUAAUUUAACCCAUGAACAAACAAUUUUUCCUAUAUAAUGAUACAUGGCAAUUAAAUGCAAAAAUGUGCUGUUGAGGUCAGGACAGAAAAAUGUGUCACAACUUGGUAAUGUCACAUGUAGUGUGAAAAAAAUGUUUGUAGUACUGUUUCUAGUAAUAUUUUAAACUGACAAUGUCAAACUGUACAUGUAGUUCUAUACAUGAAAAAAAAGAUGCUAUCUUUAUCAGGGCAAAGCUAAGCAGUGUUGUUACUGGUCUGGUAAGGUUGCACAGUUCUUAAGUCUGUCACUUACUGUAAUCAGUGUACAGAACACACAGCACAGUGUUCUUUGCACUUCUAAGUAUUGUAUUCCCUACAAAUACUUCUUUUUCAGAGGUUUGGGACUGAAUAGGCAUCAAGGAUAUUAAGCAUACACUUCCCCUGAAAUGCAAAUGAAGUCCUAGAAUUCUUAAGUAUUUUGAAAUUAUAUUAUUUAUGAUCUAUGAAUUUAAGUCUUUAAUAUUGAAAAAUAUGUCUUUUUACGGAAGGCGCUAAAACUUUUCUCUGAGCUUAAUCCAGGCUAUGCAGAGAGAGCAAGAGGUAUGGCACUCAGUGUAAGUGGCUGUUGUUCAAUUUAAUGAUACUUAGUAAGAUCUUACCAAUGCGCUGUAAUAUUGAUCACUGAAGACUUUCUCCAUCUGGUUGCAUGAAUGUAGGUGUAAAGGUCAGAGAUUAAGUUACGGGAACAUGAGAAGGUUUGGAAGUCAAAUGAUUAUGUGACAAAAUUUGAUCCUUAGUGGGAAGGGUCACUGCAGACUGGGAUAUACAGAAGGUGAGUCACUGGUGUUCAGCAGAAGUUGUGGUGGAAGAACUUGAUGCAGUAAACUGCCCUGUGAAUGACACACAGCUGGUGUGCAGUAUAUAAAAGAUGGAAACUGAAAGGCACACACCAAAAGUUGGAACAGGAGAGGGAAGGCAAAGACCUACAGUCAUGAAGUUGUAUUACAGAGGGAAAAGCAGCUCUUUUUGUAUUUUCUCUUUUUAGUAUAAAACAAGAUGUGUCUGCACAGAGUAUAAUUACUGAAUUGUCACUACGUUUCUUUUAUUUUUGGGGAGGGGGGGAGGGAUAUUUUCUGUUUAUUUGGGUUUUUUUUGUUUGUUUUGUUUUGUUUUGUUUUUUUUGUUUGUUUGGCUUUGCUUUGUUUUUAAUGUUAGCUAGCAGCGUCCAGGUAAGAGGAAUUCCUUUCCAACAAACAAGGGACCGGGCAGGGCUCAGCAGUGUUACUGUAAUUAUGAAUAACCUCUCUCUUUUAAGGAUGUCUUUGGCGUGUCAGCCUUGAUAACAAAUGGAUGUCCUCAGGCUUCGUUCUGUAGUGACACACUUGACUGCUUAGCAAAGGAACGGGAGAUUUUUGGCACCUGGCUCCAGUGCUGACUUCUAGGCUGCUCUCCAGUGCUGCAUUAUGACCAGGUAGACUGCAGGCCCUCAGUGCUGGAAUAAUUCACAGAGCCACAUUCUCGCGGGAUUCCCUUGGAAUGGCACAUCGUUAGGUCAUGCUUAGAAAAUGUAGUUAGUCCAUCUGCCAGUACCAGUGUCAGUUUGGGUCAUAGGGCAUCACAUUCCAGGCAGGUCGGGUGUUCAGCUGAUGCAGAGUAGGCAGCUGGUGCUCUUUGGCUGCACUGGUUUUCAUCAGCUGGAGGCGACAGCUCUUGCAAUGAGAACUAAUACCAUUUUCUGGUGCAGUCUGAUGAUACCCAGAAUUAGAGAGCUGACGAGCAGCUUGCUCUGUCAGCUGUGGUUCAGUGGUUGUGUGCCAAGGUUCAGAGGAGUUAAAAAGGCAAAACAUCUGAAACUACAUUUCCAUAUUAUUUCCUAUUGAUAAAAUCACUGUUGGAACAGGGGGGUGCUAUUACCUGAAACAGUGCUGUCAGUGACCAAAAUCUGAGGUCAGAUCUUUACUCGGUUGUGAACCAAAUCAUAGUUAAGGUAGAAGUGAUGUUUUACACUGUCAGCUUUUCUUCCUAGUAAUGGAGAUUACAGCUUGUGCCAUGGGAGUACUGCCAGGAUGCCACUCGGGGGUGCUGGGUUUGCCUGUUUGAAAAUGAAUGUGUUGGAGUGGAAAGAGAGGAUUAAAAUGUCAGUUUUAAGCAGAAAAAUAGGGAUGUUGUGGUAAACUUGUUUUCUAAUAUACUGCAUCCCUGUACAUGCUAACACUUAAACUUUUCUAUGUACUGCUUCAUUUUGUUAAAUGAUGUGUGAGCAUUUGUUUUUAAUGUAGAGUUCGUUGCAGCAGACCAUAUUUAUCAGAAGCACACACACAGGUCAGCCUGUUGUAUCGAGGCUUUGAUUCUGUGCUUUUUAAGAUGUUUUUCUCUGAUCUCAUACAUGAAAAAAAUACAUAAAUGAAUCAGAACAUUUUGGAUGCAUAUUUGUUGUUCUUUUGUUUAUUUUUUUUUUCCCUUUGGAGGGUUUUGCUCCGUGCUUCCCAGGGAACCAUGCUUGGAGUAAAGAUCUGUUCUGUGGGAAAGGCAUACACUUUUAAUUCAGUGAUUGGCUCCUAGCAAAAUAAAAGCAUUGUACGUUUGCAUCGCA